GGGAAAAGGUAGCUCAGGCCUGUGAGAUAUGUGCUAAAGAAAAGUGCCAGAGAACCAAGCAUCAGCUCGGAGCUUUCGAUUCUUCACAGUUUCAGGCAGGAAAAGUUUGGCAGGUAGAUCUGCUAGGACCCCUCCCAGGGUCUAAACCGCCAAAUAAAGGAUUAGUUGUUGUUGACCUGGGAACAAGAAAGUUACAAGUUAUUCCCUUACGAAAAAGCAAUGCCACUGCUGUUAUUUCUGCCUUAACUGCUGUAUUUGCCACCUGGCAACCUCCUCAUGAAAUUCAGUCUGAUGGGGGACCCCCUUUUAACUCUAACGCCAUAGACAAAUUUGCUCGUCUUCACAAUGUAGCUUGGCAUCUCCAUCUGCCGUACCACCCACAGUCCAAUGGCAUUGUAGAAAGACAUAUAGGCCUGUACAAAGAACAACUUCGCCUCAGAGGAGAAGGGACGUUUAAAAACUGGACUAAAUUCAGUCAUGAUGUUCUCAUCUCACUGAACACUGCUAAACCAUUAUGGGAUGAAGCUAAUAUCCAGAAACCCCCACCUUGGGAACCCAAGUUCCAGCCAGAUGAGUUAGUGUGGAUCUCAAUACCGCACCCCCAUCAGUCUCAUCCGCAAGUUCACAAAGGAACAGUUCAACGGUCGGGACAAUAUCCUAAUACCUAUUCUUCCACUUAGAGGAAAAGCCCGAUCAUCCUCCUAUUAUCGUUCAUCACAACUGGAUGACUCGUGGUUCCGACAUUCACCCAGUAACCUUACAGUGAAUCCAAUUAUGGGUCUUUUUGGCUUUGUUCUGUUUUGUUUUGUUGUUUUCUUUUCUUUAUAGGUCUAACCUCAGCACAGCGGUAAUCUACAGCCGUUCGAUUGUGUGAUCCGUCGAGCACCAAACUACAGUUCAUUCGAGUCAAAAGUGACGGUUGUGAAGGAAACACUGAGGCAGUGAAUGUCCAUCUGCUCAGGACUUGCUAUGACACUGUUUUCUCUCAUUUUAUUAAGUAUUUUAAUUGACAUUGUCUGUUAUAGGAGAAGAUGGACUGACUAAUAAACGAGGGGAGUCCCAAGCAGAUGUUCUCCAAUCAGACGAUGAUCAAUAGUUGUUGUUAUAUGUUCAAGUUAUUAUAUGUUAUAGUUUGUUAAGAAGACCGGUCUAUAAAAUUGUUUAUAUAUAUUGGUUGUUGAAGCUUUGCCAGGUCAGUAAAUCCUGAAACAAAGAUGCCUUAUGAUGUGCUCAUGUGUCUAAAAUUCCAGUUGUGCCGUUGGCAAGGGGGCAUGUCACAACCCAGUGAUUUUGGUGCCUCGGCACGAUGGAAUUUUCCCGCCACAUGAGAGCCUCUUGCACAGCAAAGGGUUUUUGUUGCAACAGAAAAACCCCGGUGCAAGAGAGUUCCCGCCAUUUGAAUGCAAAUUUGUGUCCCGCUAUUGGCCAGUUCUAAAUUAUUCCUACAUGGCGGCUAGUAAUUGGCUUGCUAGCCGUUUAAAAUUUCGUGCGACUUCCGCCCAAGUCGAAGAACUUUGAGCACACUGCAGAGUGCCUCUAAAGAGAUCUGACUUGCGGCUGAGCUGAUCGAUAGACUGAUCACCUAUCGAUUCUUCUCCCCGUCGCCGAGUGCAAUCCUCGACGUACCCUUUCCCCGCCGGCUUAAUUUGUGGACGGAUUGGCUGGCCUGAGCCUUGCCAGCUGGAGCAACUCACAUAGUUGUUCAGAUGACCGGACCACCUGCGUCGUGGCUACAAGCGGCGUGUUUUUGGCUGCUUUGUCAUUCACCUACUUGAGUAAAACCUUAUCUGGAACCAUUAUGAAAAGUUCCAUCACACAGAUAGAAAGAAGAUUUGACAUUCCCUCCUCUAUAGCUGGCUUAAUUGAUGGAAGUUUUGAGAUGGGUAAUUUGUUGGUGAUUGCAUUUGUAAGUUACUAUGGAGCCAAAAUUCACAGACCAAAAGCAAUUGCUCUUGGAUGUUUCAUUAUGUCUGCUGGAAGUAUCUUAACAGCAAUGCCUCAUUUCUUCAUGGGAUAUUACAAGUAUGAGACAACACUGAAUGCAAUGUCAUCAGUCAACUCAACUUCAAGCAUCAAUCCCUGCUCAGUGGAUCAGAAAGAUAUUGGAGUCAGUGAAACCUUGAUAGAACCUGAUCCGGGUUGUAAAAAAGAAGCAUCAUCAUACAUGUGGAUUUAUGUCUUACUGGGAAACAUGUUACGUGGAAUUGGGGAAACACCAAUAGCACCAUUGGGAAUUUCUUACCUUGACGAUUUUGCUAAAGACGACGAUGCUCCUUUAUAUAUUGCACUUUUGCACACAAUAGCAAUGAUUGGUCCAAUGCUUGGUUUCCUGUUGGGAUCACUGUGUGCCAGACUGUACGUGGAUAUUGGAUUUGUGGAUCUAGGCAGCAUCACCAUAACCCCAAGAGAUUCCCGUUGGGUGGGUGCAUGGUGGCUUGGUUUUAUCAUAGCUGGAGUAACUGCCCUCAUAUCUGCCAUACCAUUCUGUUUCCUGCCAAAGAGUCUGAAAAAGCCAGAGGAGGAAAGUAAUGAUAAAACUUCAUCUGAUCUCUCCAACAUUAAGGAAGACAACAGUGGGAAGCACAGCCCUAUAAAACAAAAGCCAGUGAAGUCCUCAGCAACUUUGAAAGAUUUCUUUAUUUCUGUGAAAGCAGUAUUGGGUAACCGAAUAUACUUCGUAUUUUUGUGUUCUGUACUGUUACAGUUCAGUAGCUUUGUUGGUUUCUUGACUUACAAACCAAAAUACAUGGAACAGCAGUAUGGUCAGUCAGCAUCAAAGUCUAACUUCAUAACAGGAUUAACGUCCUUACCUGCUGUGGCCAUUGGGAUUUUCUUAGGAGGACUUCUAAUGAAAAAGUACAAAUGGGGCUUGAUUGGAGCUACCAAAUUUGGAUUUGGUGUUUCAUUUUUUGCUUUCCUUAUAAGCCUGCUACAUUUUUUUGUGGGCUGCGAGAACCAUGUAGUGGCUGGACUGACAGUGUCCUAUGAUGGGACACCAGUUGCAUAUGGUGAAAACACUGUAUUUUCUUCCUGCAACUCUGAUUGCAAAUGUGCCUCAAACCAAUGGGAUCCGGUCUGUGGAGACAAUGGAAUCACAUACAUAACAGCUUGUCUUGCUGGCUGCAAGGUUUCAACAGGCCAUGGAAAGAACACAGUGUUUCAUAAUUGUAGCUGCACUGAAGUUGCAGGUUUGCUAUCAGGAAAUACUUCGGUAACUUUGGGACACUGUCCAAAAAGUGAUGAUUGUUCCAAGAAGUUUAUUUAUUAUACAGUCAUACAAGUCAUAAGUGCUUUUUUCUAUGCUUUAGGAGGCACCCCAACAUAUAUGAUUACACUUAGGUGUGUUCAGCCAGAGCUAAAAUCUCUUGCAGUUGGUCUGUAUGUACUCACCAUGAGGGCCCUAGCUGGAAUUCCAGCCCCAGUUUAUUUUGGUGCAUUGAUAGAUAGGACUUGCUUGAAAUGGGGAAGAGGAAGCUGUGGACAACGGGGCGCUUGUAGGAUAUAUGAUUCUAAUGCAUACAGGAAGGCAUACCUGGGCCUAAUAACAGGCCUGAGAGCACCAUCCUACUUGAUAGCUUUAUUGUUUUUUUUGAUGGUGAAGAAACAUUAUCAAGCCAAGGACUCCAAGCCCACUGAAAAUGGAGGAAAAGAAGAUAUUCCUAUGAGUGGAGAAACUAACUCAAAAAGCUGUGAAUAUUUGUCAGGUUCUUCUGAUGCAGAAAAAGAAUCCUAUAUUUAAAAAAAAAAAGUUUGAAUCUAUAUAGCAUGAAUCAGGACAGCUUCUUGUAAAAACAGGUUAUAGAAUGUCAUGAACAAAACAAUAAUGAUGUUCAGAAUGUUAAACCAGUAAUUAAGCCAUUACUAAUGACAAGAGAAGCUAGGUACAAAUGUGAUUUAUAUUUAGCUGUGUUUAUGAGCAUUUUGCCUAAUAACAUACACUACAAAUUUUAUGAACAGACUCAAGCUAUUAAUAAAUAAUGAAGGAAACCCCAAUUUGGCAUGAUUAAUUGCAAGAGUUGUUGACAACUCUUUGGGACAGGGGCAGCAGGGGCAGCAGGAUAAUGCAGUUUUCUGUUUCACAGAAAACUGCAUUAUAAAUACCAUUCAAAUCAUAAGCAUUCCCCCACCACACACAUACCUGCCUGCUCUCCCCCACCCAUGUUCUAGAAUCAGUUGGUCUUCUACAAGAAGAAUUGUAACUUUUUUACGAUUCUAUGUUGAGAGAAACCUUAAAAUACAAUAAGAGCUAGGUACAGACAGUCAAAAAGCCCAAAGCUGAAUCAAUUCAGUUUUUGCAGAUUAGUCUAAACUGCACAGAUUAAAUUGAAACAGAAGUGAACAGACAUUUAUUUACCUUUCAUUUAGGAAAUGCAGCCAUGUGCCUGCAGUGGCUCAGGCUAGAGGCCUGGAGCACUAUAGCAUGGCUCUCUGGCUGUGUGUUCACUUCCUCUUCCUGCUGCCCCUGAAGUAUCUGGGAUUUGCAGUCCAGAAGUAUAGCAACAGGACUCUGCAGGGUUGUUCAUCACUUCCUCUUUCUGCUUCCAAGUGACUCUGGAACUUGUAGUCCACACUUACAGCCAGCAGUAAGUUUGAGUGGGGGAAGGGGUGUUUAGACCCCCACCCUGGCCCCACACCCCAGCUGGGGUUUGCCUGGGGGGGCAGUCCCCACCCCCACUGUAGACUGGGCUGCAUCCCCAGCUAAGCUUGUCUCCCCCUCACUCCCCGACUCCCCUGUCAACCAGCCCUCACUGCUCCAGCUAGGGAGCAGAGGGGCGGGGCCAGCCAUGCUCUCUGGAGCAGACAGCACAGCCCAGCCCAGGCCUGGAAAGCAUGAUGGGAUGCCGGGGGAUUGUGAUUUAACUUGAACGAGGAAGGGGUCUGGGACAGAAGUUUCAUAAAUCAUUUUGACCCAAAUCAGUUAAAUCUGAUACUACAUUCAACCAGGUUUAUCUUAAACCAGUUUCAGCCAUUUUGAAACUGAUUUAUAUGUACCAUAUAACUGGUUUAUGUUCUGUUACAGGUUUAAACCUGUUUCUGAUCAUUUAAACUGUUUUAUAUGUAACUUCUGUCCCUAGCCAUUGUGUUUCCAACAAAAAUUCCAUAUCUAUGCUAGGUAUAAGUAGAGUUGCUUGGGAAGGGAAUUUCCAUUCUGCAAGGAAUUUCAACAUUUCUUUUCAUCCCAAAUCAUAAGAAAAAGAAUGGCAAGAUUUACUAUAAACCAAAAUUUCUAAACAGUGGUGUAACUAGGGGAAGGUGACUGAGGCAACCAGGUGCAGAAUUGGCAGGCAGGAGGGUGAAAGAAAAUGGCUGCUGGUGGCGUUGUGGUAACUGGAAGUUGCUGCUGUCCCUGUGGUCUGGGUACCAAGCUAUGUCACUGUACUGCUGCUCUGAAAUAUUUUUGACACCUUGCAACAACAUUACUGGAAUGUUUCAUUGCAAUAUCACAUUGAUUUUGUUAGGAUAUGAUCAGACAUGCUUUAAGUGUCAAAAUGAUAAAGUCAAACUGGAAUGUUUUGACUUUAUCAACAUGUGCAUUCCUAACUGAUUGAAGGUUGCCUAUUUUAUCCAAAGGAAAUGAUUCCACCUUAACAUCAGAAUGAAUUGCUUCAAUUGUAUCCCACUGAUAAUUUCAAUAACAGUUCCCAUAUGUUCCCAUUGUGCUUGUUUAGUUGAAUAAGUAGUUUCCAAUGGUAAACAGUUCUACUGGAGGAAACAUUUUCAUCAGCUUUAAGUAGUAUCUGAUUUUGCUAUAACUAAAAUUAUGUUUUGUUUUUGCUAUUCACACUUUGUGGUUGCUAUAUUUGGCAGGACUUUGUAUAUACGGUUUCAUUGCUUCUGCUGUAACUCACUUUUUUUCUUUAUUAACUAGGCUUCUCUAGUCCAUGAGGUAUAAUAAUGCAGCAGUCCUGAGUUUAGAGGAGCUAAGUGGUCCUGGUUCCCUCAUACCAGCCUGUUUUCUGAAUGCCUAGAGAAUUCUUCUGGUCUGUGCUGUAGUGGGGAAUUUUUCAGCUAGGCUAUGAAUACAAGUUAGGCCCACUAUACAAGGCUGUUUGCAUUGCGUGUAUACGACAUCCUACCCAAGCCAUUGAGAGAGAUGCUGAGAACAUUGGGUCUAUCCUACAAACCUGUAAUUCCAAGAAAGGCCACAGUGAGUUUGAAGUGAUAAAACCUGCCAGGUUUGGCCUGGCUAGUAGGGGAACAGAGGUCUGUGUUAACUUGUCCGGGAAGAGGUAAAUACUGUGAGGUGUACAGUGAAUAUAAGUGCCCAGCUCAACCCUCAGUGACAUAUUACAGAGUGGCAGACCAGCUGUACCCAGGAAUUGCACAACUGACUUGAGACCCCUCCAGAAAAAAAGAAAAAUGAAAUUAUAACAGGAGAGAGAGAAGGACAGAAGCCAUACUUCCUCCUCUUACAAAUAUUUUAAAUCUUCAUUUUCAGAAGCUGUUAUUAAAAUAAGACAUUGAUCUGUGGAUGCAAUUCUGAAAACACCGAAGUAAAAGUUAAUGAGACUUGUGUUCUAAUUCAUUUAGAGGUUUUCUAAAUCCCAUCCCACUUCAAAAAAAAAUCCUGUUGAAAACUUACCACAAUUUACUAAUGUUACAAGCAAAAAAAAAAGAGAUCAUAUUCCAAAUAUUCAAGCUAGAAAAGGUGAAGAGGAAUGGCACCUAGGAUGAUCAGGGGAACAGAGACCCUAUCUUAUGAGACAUAGCUAAGAGAGUUUGGUUAGUUUUGGAAGGGUGAGAGGGGAUAGGUUUGAUCUCAAAGAAAAAGAGGAGUUAGUAAAGCAAAAGGACAAUGUUAGCACAAGAAAAAAGUGAUGUAACCUGGCCCCAAAUACCUUUUUGAUAAAGUUAGAACGUUUCUAAACAUCAUAGUACAGACAUUCUGGAAUAGCCUUCAAAUACAAGUGGUAGAAGCAUGUCACCUAACUGGCUUAAAGACAGUCCUUUUAAUAAAUUUAGCAAGCUCUAUGUGGUAUGGCAGGGGAUUGGAUUUAAUGACCUAGGUAGAUGUAUUCCAAUGCUAUUCUCCCAUGAUAUUCUUAAUUCAGUUCUAUAGCAGCGCAGUGCAAAUUUAUUCCUGUUUGAGUUCAGUGGGACUGCAUAUGAAAAAAAUUAUAAUUUAGCAUGAAUAAAAGUAACUGCAAGCUUCUGAGAGCUCAGUACUUUUGAACAUAAGGCCUCAUAGUCAGGAGUCUGAUUAUGGACUUGAGGACCUAUUUGUUUGAUGUUUUGGAAAUCCUGCUUGGUUUCAUCUUCACAUCUCUGAAGUUCAGCUGUUUUAUUAACCUUUUUUUUUUCUUUUGAAGAUGGAUAACAUGAACAUUGUCAAAUGAGUCUCAAUGGUAGCCUUUUAUAAAAAUCGUAUGUAAAUAAUCCAUUAAAGUGGUCUGUUAAAUAAAAACAAUAUUUUCAAUUUUA